AUGGCUUGGGAGAACUGGACCACAGUGACAGAAUUCAUUUUAAAGGGAUUAACGGAUCACCCACCCACCCAAGGCGUUCUGUUGGUAAUUUUCCUAGUCAUCUAUGUGAUCACAUUGAUGGGUAAUCUUGUUAUCAUUAUACUAGUUCGGCUUGAUUCUCGCCUUCAAACCCCUAUGUACUUUUUUCUCAGUAAUUUGUCCUUCUUUGAUAUGUGUUGCUCCACAGCUGUCACACCUAAAAUGCUGGUGAAUUACUCAUCAGAAAGGAAAGCUAUUUCUUUUGCUGGCUGCCUCACGCAAUUGUAUUUUUACAUUGCUUUUGCAACUAUGGAGUGCUAUCUUCUGGCUGUAAUGGCAUAUGAUCGGUACGUCGCCAUCUGUAAUCCACUGCGCUACACAGUCAUCAUGUCCAAAAAGGCCUGCAUUAUUAUGUUGUCUGGGUCAUAUGUGGCUGGUGUUUUAAAUUCAUUGAUACUCACGGGAUCUGCAUUGAAAAUCUCCUUCUGUGGUCCUAACAUCAUUGAUCAUUUCUUCUGCGACGGGCCUCCGCUGAUAAAACUGGCCUGCUCUGACACGCACUUCAUUCUAGUGCUGGUAUUUGUUUUGACAGGGUUCAAUGAGGUCACCACUACAUCAGUUGUCCUCAUCUCCUAUGGCUAUAUCCUAGCCACUGUUCUGAGGAUACAUUCUGCAAAGAGCAGGAGCAAAGCCUUCAAUACCUGUGCCUCCCACCUGACAGUUGUCACCAUCUUCUAUGGGACUCUUCUUUUCAUGUACUUGAGACCCAGCUCCAGCUACUCGUUGGGCAGGGACAAAAUCGUUUCUGUUUUUUAUGUGGUGGUGACCCCCAUGCUGAACCCCCUCAUCUACAGUCUGAGGAACAAGGAGGUGAAGGAUGCUCUGAAAAGAGCACAGGAGAGAAUAACAGCUUCGUGGCAAAAUGACUAA